AUGGCCGACACACCAGAGACACAGCACGAAGCUGCUGCCGCCGUCACCUCGACCCCCGCAACCAAAGACAUCACAGGCACGGCGCCAACAUCUCCUGCGCGGAGCGACAAGAGCAGCGAUAGCGAGGGCAAGAAUGUGAGGGAGAAGCUAAAAGACACCCAAAUUGAUGUGCCGCCGACAUCAAACCCCGUCUCCGACACCGACCAAGCUACAAAAGACGCGACCAACGGCACCACCAAACCCGGCGAUCAGAGCGUCUCGGGAUCAGACAGCGAGCGCGGACGGUUACGGCGAAAGCGCAGCCGCGAAGACUUUGAGGAUGAUGUCGAUGCCGACAAACAGCCAGAAAAGAAGAUUGAGCGCCAUGCGCGCAAGAGAUCGAGAGACAUUACAAAGGAUCUGGAGGCUGGUAUACCCGCCAAACCUGCCGGCAGCGCCAUCUCGAGCAUCAAGGAAAGCGACACAGACGAGCAUAUGACGUCGCCCAGCAAGAGCGCAUCGACCACCACUGCGACAGCUGCGACCGAAAAGAGGUCUGGUUCCAACACAAGCCCAAAGAACAAGCGAUCGCGCGAGGAAGCCGAGAACGACACUGAAGAUACCACCAAAGGCACCGAAAUCGGAGCAGCAAAUGGCGACGCGGCUCUUAGCGAGGAGCGUGAUUCCAAGCGGCUGCGAGACAAGGAAAGAACCCAGAGUAUCACAGAUACAGAGUCAAAGACCAAGAUUCCACCGGGGAGCGGAUUCGCCAACACCUCUGCAUCAUCGCCUUUCGCCGCCAUGGCAGCCAAACCUCAGCAAGCAAAGACCUCGGACAAGACCGAUUCGCUACCGCAAACAUCUGAUGACAAGUUCAAGGCUUCUGGUUUUGGUGGCUUUGCAGCCUCGACUACGUCUCCGUUUGGUGGACUGGGUGGACUUGGUGGCUCCAAGCCUAGUACUAGUUCGCCCUUUGGCGCAGCAAGUGGUAACAAACUAUCCUCGUUUGCUGGAAGUGCAGCCCCAUCAACACUGGGCGGUGGCGGCGGUGGAUUUGGUGCGCUUGGCGGCUCUGGUACAUCUUCCUUUGGCGGAAGUUCCUUUGGCGGGUCGCUAAGUGGUGGAUUUGGAGGUCUGGGCGGUGUCAAGACAAUCGGAUCCUUUGCAGCACCUGGAGGCAAUCUGGAAAUCAAGGGCUUGAAGGAGAAGGAGAAACCUUUUGGAGCAGCAGCAGACGACGAAUCUUCGGAAGAUGAGGACGGCGAUGACGAAGACCCGGAAAAGGGUACUGAGAAAGAGGAACGGCAACGGCAGUCGAGUCAGCCUCUUCUUUCGCAACACCCACCCGAGACUGGAGAAGAGGGCGAGCAAACCAUCUGGACUGGUCGUGCAAAGUUGUACCUCAUGGCUGGCGAAGGCUCAAACCGAGCAUGGAAGGAGCGUGGUGUGGGAACGUUCAAGUUCAAUAUUACAGUGGAUGAGCCCAAGAAAGCACGCUUCGUACUCCGCGCCGAAGGUACCCACCGUCUACUUCUCAACGCGGCCGUUACGCGCAAAAUGGUAUUUGGAGGCGACGCGCAGGGCGAAAAGCCAAAGGACGGACGUCUGCUCUUCAACUCGCCCAAUCAAGAUGGCGAGCUGGAGAUGCAUCUACUCAGGAUGAAAGCGGAAAAUGCAAAGCAGCUGUGGGAAGAAGUGACAAAGGUUCAAGAGGAACAGUUGUAG